AUGAAUUAUAGCAGUAAAUAUUCACCGUUGGUUAAAAAAAGAAAUCCAUAUAAUUUAAAUUCUAUAAUUAGAAAGUAUCCAUUAAAUGGACCUAAAGAUGGUGAAGACUCUGAAGCUUCUUUAAACAAAUGUCUAUCUAUAAUUGAUAUUAUUUCAUAUGGUAUUGGUAGUACAGUUGGAGCAGGUGUUUUUGUUUCAAUUGGUAUAGCGAUUGCUACAAAAGCAGGACCAGGUACAUUAUUAUCAUUUUUAUUUUCAGCAAUAGCAUGUUUAAUAUCAGCAUUUUGUUAUUCAGAGUUUUCAGCUCGUAUUCCAGUUUCAGGUAGUGCAUAUACAUUUGCUUACGUAUCAUUAGGAGAAUUUAUGGGAUGGUUUGUAGGAUGGAAUCUCACAUUAGAGUAUGCAAUUUCAGCAUCGGCAGUAGCAAGAGGAUGGGUUGGUUAUUUUCAAGUGAUUUUCAAAAUCUUUGGUAAAGAAGCACCCCAAUGGAUCAGUGGUUAUAGUAUUAACGAGUGGAUAAACAUUAAUCCAGUUGCACCAGUGAUCAUUGUAAUUUGCACCAUCAUUUUAGUGUUUGGUAUCAAGGAUUCAGCACGUUUCAAUAUGGCAAUCACUGCAAUCAAUCUUCUUACCAUCACCUUUUUCAUCAUUUUAGGUUCAAUCCAUGUAGAUAGAUCCAAUUGGACACCAUUCCUUCCUUUUGGUAUGACUGGUGUUUUCAGUGGUUGCUCUGUGGUUUUCUUUAGUUAUGUUGGUUUCGAUUCUGUCACCACUUUGGCUGGUGAGGUAAAGAAUCCAAAGAGAGAUUUACCAAUUGGUAUCGUUGGUACUUUGGUAAUUGCAACCACUUUAUAUAUAGGUGUCACUUUGGUCUUAUCUGGUAUGGUCAACUAUCUUGAUGUCAGUCAAGGUUCUCCAUUAUCUGAUGCUUUCAUUGGCAAUGGUCUCGAUAUGAAAUGGGCUGCCAUGAUCAUCGCUUGUGGUACUUUAACUUCUUUAACCGCUUCAACACUUUGCUCUCUAUUAGGUCAACCACGUAUUUACUUACAAAUGGCAAAGGAUGGUUUAUUCUUUGAAAAAUUCACUUCAAUGAAUAAGAAACAAGUACCAGUAUUUGGUACAGUUUUUACUGGUGUAUUUGCAUCAAUUUUAGCAAUUGUUUUAGAUUUAGAUAAUCUUACAAAUAUGAUUAGUAUUGGUACAUUAUUAGCAUUCACAGCAGUUUGUGCGGGUGUUGUUGUGAUGCGUUUUAGAAGAGAGGAUGGUGGUGAAGAUGGAUUCCCAUCUGCUUUUAUCUUAUUAAUUUUAUUCGUUUUUGCAUGCGUUUUUGGUAUUUCAAGUAAAUUGGGAUGGAAUAUGUGGAUACAAAUUGCACUCGGAGCUUGUCAAGCUGUUAUUAUUGGUUUAGUUUGGUUGAAAAAACAAAUUAAUAUUCCAACUUCUUUCAGAUGUCCAUUCAAUCCAAUUUUACCAUGCCUUGGCAUUGUUGUAAAUACAUUCUUUAUUAUGCAUUUGGAUACACCAUCAUUUUACAGAGUUGCUGCUUGGACCGCUUUAGGUAGUUCAAUCUAUUUUAUAUAUGGUAUUAGACACAGUAAACUUAACCAAUUAGAUACUGUUGAAGACUCUAUCAAUCAUUAA